AUGGCGAACAACGUUAAGCAAGAAACAAUCUCGGGAGAAACUGUUAUUAGUGCUUAUCUUUCAGGGGACAUAAAUGGUUUGAUAACUUACGAUAAACUAUGUAAGGCUAUUGAUUUUUUAAACCAGUGGGAUUCACAAGCAGUGAUCGACUUUCUUCGUCAGUUUGUGGAUAUCGCCCAUCUGUUCGACCAUCGUUGUAAACAGCUGGUGUUGAAAUUCGUUCAAGUGGAUUGGCAAUUUGUUCCUAGUGAUAUCCGACCUCAGUUCGUCAAAUUACUUCGAGAUAUUGGUGUGCAGUAUAUUUGUCACACCGAGUCGGUUAUAAGAUGUUUCGUGGAACAUCUAUCUGCUAAAAUCCAACCCCUUUCUACUGCUAAUCAAAGUCAAGAGGUUAUGAACAAGCAUAUCGGUGUGUUUAUGCUAUGUUUGACAGAAGAAGAACAAAACAAUAUUUACAAAUUGGCAAUUGAUGGUUUGGCAUUUAUAGUAAAGUGUUUUCCUUUAGCAACAAAAAGUCUCGUCAAAAUUAUUCGUCACCGCUUUCCUCAUCAUUCGGUAUCAUCAAUUCGAUAUAUUAGUUAUGUAAGAAAUCUUAUAUUAAUAUGUCAGAGCAUCACGCAGUGUCGAGAGGAUAUCUUAUCCAUCAUUAUUGAUGGCCUUGCUCAACUCGAUGCAGUGUUAACGAAAGUAGAAAAUUCAAACAGGGAAGAGGAUAGCUGUGAUGAUGGUCUAAAUGUAUUCUUACUGGACGAAGAAUACGAAAGGAAGGUUAAUGAAGUGCAAGAUAAUAAUGACAAGGUGGAGAAGUUGGAUAUUUGCAUGUCACUUAUGUUUGAUUAUAUAGGAAAACUUUGUAGUCAGGAGAACUUGACAGAAAUAGAUUGGCUGCCAUCAACGCCCAGACAAAAGAAGAUAAUAAAGGAGUUAUUGGUUGUAUUCGAAGAGCAUCUUUUAAUGGCUCAUGGUUUGAAGAACAUAUCUUUCCUUUGGUUUUACGUUUGCAGUCUUGAUACGAGUUAUCAAAAAAAUUUUCUGAGGUGGCUCUGGAGUUUUGUUACGCGAUUGAACCAGACACCUAAUGACUGGAAAAAAGCGCAAGGUGCUGCUUGUUACAUCAGUAGCAUGCUUUCUCGUGCUUCAUAUAUUAAUCUGAGUACAACGAUGGAGUGGUUGGAAGUGUUGUCACAUUGGUGUACUACUUAUGUGAAUGAGAUGGUUGAUCGAACAACUGCUGCUACUGCAGGCUCAACUCGACAUGGAACAUUCUAUGCUGUGUUUCAAGCAUUUCUUGUUGCCUUUUGUUUUCGAUACCGUGAAAUAGUACAAGCAAAAGAAGUGGCCAAGAUACAUCAUUGGGGGCUGGGACAUAUUAUCCACAGUACAUUAGAACCUUUAUCAUACAUUAGUCAUCCAGUCGCUUUAUGUUUUGCAACAAUAAGCAGAUCUGUGCAGCUUGUUUAUGUGAACCAUAUUUUACCGGCAAAACCGGCAGAGAUGAUGCCUUUCGAAUCUCAUUUUCCAUUUGAUUCAUACAGUUUGAAAAGGUCGCUCUCUUUUAUUGCACCGCUUAUGCGAAAGUUUUCACCUCUUGCUGAAGAUGCGGUCACUCUGAAAAAUGAAUUGCUGUGGAAAAAUGUAAUUGAAGCGGUGGAUUGUCAUAACUACGAGGGAAAUAAUGGCUCAUGGGAAUUUCUUGAUGAUAUUAGGCGAGAUCAAAAUGAACUCGAACGACUUGAAGAGAAUAAUGCUUCUCUCAAAAUUGCUAACGAAUUUUUAACCGUUUAUUCGACUUCACCUGGACUCAAACAGUUCAAAACUUCACCUUUCUUAGGCACAGAUCGGUAG